AUGCUGGGCGGCAGCCGCGCUGGCCUGGGUCGCCUGCGGAGCUGCGGCGGGCGGCUGUGGCGGGGCCGGCGGCGGGCGGCGGGCAUGGCCGGCGGCGGCAUGGGCCAGCGGAUGGUCUGGGUGGAUCUGGAGAUGACGGGCCUGGACGUGGAGAAGGACCAGAUCCUGGAGAUGGCCUGCCUCAUCACCGACUCCGACCUCAACGUCCUGGCCGAGGGCCCGAACCUGAUUAUUAAUCAGCCCGACGAGCUGCUGGAUAGCAUGUCCGAGUGGUGCAAGGAGCAUCACGGGAAGUCUGGCCUUACUAAGGCUGUGAAGGAGAGUAAAAUUUCGUUGCAGCAAGCAGAGUAUGAGUUUCUGUCCUUCGUACGGCAACAGACGCCCCCGGGUCUCUGUCCUCUCGCAGGCAACUCUGUUCAUGCAGAUAAGAAAUUCCUUGACAAAUACAUGCCUCAGUUCAUGAGGCAUCUUCAUUACAGGAUCAUUGACGUGAGCACUGUCAAAGAGCUUUGCAGACGCUGGUAUCCAGAAGAAUACGAGUUUGCACCAAAGAAGGCGGCUUCUCACAGAGCGCUCGAUGACAUCAGGGAAAGCAUCAAAGAACUUCAGUUCUACAGAGAUAGCAUCUUCAAGAGGAAAACGGAUGAAAAGAAAAGGAAACUAAUAGAGAACGGAGAAAGCGAUAAAACCGCCAGCUGAUCUCUCCUCUUGCCGUGCCGUCCCGUAGCGCGUACUAGAUGCGUCUCUGCUGGUUCUUUUCUGUUUGCCAGUCUCUCGAGAAGCUGCACCCUUCAGCGACCUUGUUUCUUAACGGCUGUUAAAAUGCAGAUGGAAGCCUGAGUCACUGCUUCUUUUCUGUUCGAGCAAGGAAUCGACACACUCGAGCCUCAGCAGCGUCUUUGUUUGUACGUACUAGGUAAAACACGCUGUUUGAUACUCGUCUUCGUCUGGUUUUAGAUGCGGUCUUUCACUACACAAUAAAAACAGUUCUG